AUGGGUGAAAUUUGCAGAUCAGAUAAACUACCAAUUACAUAUUCUGAAUUGAAAUACAUUUGUUUUUUUUACUUUUUCCUGUUAAUAAGCUUUUUGAUAUGGUGCAUACGUAAGAAUCGAUUUAAGAAUUUAAUAAAUGAAAAACACAAAUAUAAAAAUAAUGAAUCAUAUGGAAAAAAUGAAAAUUCAGAAUUCUUUAAUUACAUUUACGAGCCAGAUGAUUCUGAUGAUAUUGUGGUUAGACAAGAAGGAUAUAAAAGUAGUCUUAUAGGAUUUGCAUUGAAAAAUGCAUCUAUUAUACUUUAUUUAUGUACACAUAUUAUUAUCAUUUUUUUAAUUGCAAAUGAAUAUUGUAUACAUGAAAACGGUGAAGUAUUAUGGAAUGACCGCGCUUGUGUUUUCUUUAUUUUUCUCUUACUAUGUUUUUCCAUUACUUAUGGAAUUUUAACUGUAAGAAAGCAUAUGCACAGCUUUUUUCUCGAACCCGCAUUACUGAAAGAAAGUAAUUACGUACUUAUAUACACCAAGAGUGAUGAAUAUUCGAACUCAUACAAAACAUCCUUUAAAAAAACGUACUUGCAUCUAACAACUUGGAUUCAUAAAUUUCAUCACAGAUGUAGAACCUGUUUUAAACAAUAUAUAAAUCUAUACUUACGAUACCAAGCUAAAAUAAAACGUACAUUUGUUUCUGAAAUAGUCAAAUGGGGAUACUUGAAGGAGCAAAAUUUUGUAAAUACUGGAGAAUGGCCAAAUGAACCACAUCGAAAUGAACAAAAGUGGAAUGUGGAACAUGGGACAUAUUACAAAAACAAAAAGUAUGAAGACAUUUUAGACACGAAACAUUCCUUAGAUGAACACUUCAUGAAAGACAAAUGCAACGGAUUAGGAGAAAAAAUAAAUGAAAAUAAAUUUGGUUCUCGAUUCGAGACGAGAAGAAAAGAUGGCUUAUCUACUUGGAGAACUGAAUGUUCUUUUCAUCCAACAUUGACAGUACACAAAAUAAGAGUUCUAACAAGCGAAAAAAAUAUUAGAUACUUUUUUUUUAGAAGUAUGAAGUAUGUGUAUAAUGACGAAAAAGAUGCAUUUUAUAACAUUGCUCACAGCAUAGAAGAGAAAGUGAAGAAUCUAGAUUUUCAUUAUAUAUUAAAAAAAGGAGGGUUAAAUAAUAAGGAAAUUAUUAACAAUAUAAAUGAAUACGGGUAUAACAAUAUCUAUCUUGAAUUUUAUUCAUUUUUUAAAAAUAUAAAACGAGAACUACUAGACGGUAUCUACAUGUUUCAGUUAUUUAUAACGUAUAAGAAUUUCUUCUGGAAAGAAGUCAUAACAUCUCUCAUUUGGCUAGCCAUAUCACUACUAAGUGUUGUUAAUAAAAUUAUGAAAAAUCAAAAAAAUAAAAAAGAAAUUUAUGAUAACAUCCAAUCAAGUAAUAACAUUUUUGUCGAUGUUUACAGAAAUUCAGUUGUGCAACAUAUACCAUCCAGUAAAUUAACUAUUGGAGAUAUCAUAAUUGUGAAUUCGAAUAUGACCAUCCCGUGUGAUUGUUUACUUCUUAAUGGGCAACUUCUAAUGGAUGAAAGUUUGCUCACAGGUGAAUCAAGACCAAUGAAAAAAACCUGCAUAUCAAAGUUAACAUCUUUCAACAACGCUUAUCAUCACGAUGGAACUUAUUCCUCCUCUAACAAUGAUUCCAUUAAUCGAUUGGAAUCAUCGAAUCAUAACAACAACAAGGAAAAAUGGAAAAAUAUUUCAUCCCUACAAAAAAAUAGCAUUAUGAGUGCAUCUCCCAUGGGUUCGAACGAGCGAAAUAAACAAAAGUUCAAUGAAAACAAUAUCCUCUACUCUGGCACUGAUGUGAUAUCAACUCUCAAUACAACAGAAAAUAUAUACGCAGUAGUUAUAAACGUUAGUAUAUACACAUACAAAGGAAAAUAUAUGCAAAAUGUUCUAUUUCCAAACCCUCUCUUAUUCAAAUAUGAUUCUCAGCUACCCAUAGUAUUCGCAUUUACUAUUUUUUUCUCUCUUAUAUGCAUGUAUUUUCAAAUACAUACCUUAGGACUUAACAUGACAUCCAUAUUUUAUACAAUUGGAACGCUGUCUCAAAUACUACCAGUAUGGACACCUGUUGUUUUGAAUAUAGGAUUAAAUAUCUCAACAAAUAGAUUGAAAAAUGAAAAAAAUAUUUGUUGUAUCGCUCCAUCUAGAAUACCUAUAUGUGGAAAAAUCCGAAUUUUCUUUUUUGAUAAAACUGGUACCUUAACAGGUCAUAAAAUUGAAUUUUCAGGUGUCCAUUUUAGCAAUAAUAUUUUGAAUGAAUAUAAGAAGAAUCAACUAACCUGGCCAGAUAAUCAUAACAAGAGUACAUCAAACGACAUUUAUGAUGUUAAGUAUAAAAAUUAUCAUUCUAUAAUUAACUCAAACUUUACACCAAUUGAAGAAAAUUCUUCCCAUAAAAAAGUAACGCAUCUUAAUCAGAUUCAGAAUGCUACUGGUCGGGACAGGACGUCUUCUUUCAACGGUACUUCUCAAAAUGGUACUACUUAUCAGAACCAAAAAAGAAGAAGAAGCAGAGGCAUGAGCAGGAGCAGAGGAAAUAUGCAAGAGGGGAUCCGAAGUCCCGACAAGGCAGAUGUUUCAUCGAGACCUUCUCAAUAUUCAAGCAUAAAAGGUACAAGGGGUGCAUCUAACAUGGUUUCUGCACUCUCCCAUGGAGAAAAUGUCAAGGGAAAGGAAAUCCAUAAUAUAUCAUCUUCGAACGAUAGGACAGAGAUCAAAGAUAGAUGCGAUGCAAAUGAAGAUAUCAAUGGAAGUGAUCUAAAUUUAAACGAUUCAAAUGAGAACCAUGGUAAUAAGCAUGUUCCAAAUCACAACAAUCUGCACGAACACGAGGUCCAUGGAACCCAAGAGAAUGUUCAACGAAAUGUCCAAUCCUCCAGCGAAGAUGUUUUUCAAAGUUAUGAUGAAACAGAUGAACAGGUACUUUUUCAACAUUCCCAGGGAGAAUAUGCACAUGAGGAGAGGGUCGUGAAUAAUAGUGCACAGCGUAGGAGAGGAAACGACAAUGUAAAAGGAGAAGAAGAAGAUCAUCACAAUUAUAAUCGGGGUGAAAAUCGAAGUGGCAGCAGAAGUGGAAAUAGAAGUGACCGUAGAAGUGGCAGUAGACGUGGCAGUAGACGUGGCAGUAGACGUGGCAGCAGAAGUGACAGUAGACGUGGCAACUACAAUGGGAACGUAUUUACGACCGUUCCAAAUGGCGAGAGUGCAAAACUGGACUCAGAAAUGUUUCUGCAGGAAGGGAAAGGAGACGCAGUGGAGGAGCAAAAUUUCCUCAUUGACGUGGACACUUGUAAUGUUGACCAAGUGCAUGAAUCGACAAAUCAAGAUGGGAAAAAAAAAAAAAAAAAAAAAAAAAAAAUGAAUGCACCCAUUGUAGGACGUGAAAAUGUUUGUGACAUGUCAAUAGAAUCUGAUGAUGAACAAGUAGACGAAACAGAAGAAGCUCCACUCCCUAUUCGAAACUGUCUUUUUAACGAAUCUAAUUCUUCGAUGAAUUCUGUGACAUCUCUUCUUUAUAACAGCAAAUUAAUGUGGACUAAUAAGGCAACAUUGAAAAACACUCCGCAUAACUACCAUCUAGUAAUAUAUGCAUUAGCUGGUUGUGCUUGUGUUUAUAAUGAUACAAAUAUUAACAAUGUAUAUGGAAAUGAAAUAGAUAAAAGAUUAUUCGAAGCCACAGAAAUGAAAAUAAGUAACUAUGUUAAUAAAUAUAACAUGAAUGUAAAAAAAGUUUCCUUAAGAAUUAAUUAUAAUUUAAAAAAUUUCGACAUUUUAAAAACGUACGAAUUUGAUUAUUUCACAAAAAUAUCAACUACUUUAGCUUAUGGUUCCUUCAAUUUUCGAGAGAAAUCAUUUGUUGUUUUUUCAAAAGGAUCUUUUGAUAAAAUUUAUCAGAAAUGUAUAAAAAAUGAAGAAGUUUAUUUUUUUAAAAAAAAAGAACAAGAAUAUAGUAAAAACGGGUUCUAUGUAAUUGGACUAGCUUUCAAAAUUAUACACAAUAUGUCUAUUCAUGAAAUAUUACAAUUAUCAAGACAGGAAUUAGAAGAAAAUAUGAACUUCUUAUCUCUUAUUAUGUUUAAUAAUUACAUUAAAAAAGAUGCUCAAGAAGUCAUUCAAACAUUGAAAAAUUCAUCUAUCAGACCUGUCAUAUUAACUGGUGACAAUGCUUACAAUUGUCUAUACGUUGGAAACAAAAUUGGCCUAUUUAAUAACAUUAAUUUUUAUGAAUCCUUUUUAUCUCUUAACAUGAAUUCGAAUAACAUUUCUGAGGAGUGUUCAUCAAAUGACAAGGAAAAUAUUUUUUUUUCUACUGGUACCAAAUUCUUGUCUUUUGAAAAUUUUAUCAAAUCGAACACGCAGUGGGGUGAAAAAGCGGGUCCUGCAUCUGGGGCAGAUCCCGUUACACAACCAGUGGGUUCUAGAAACAAUUUCAUUUAUUUGGAUCCAUCCCAAAACAUUCACCACCACACUCGUGCUAAAGAUCUGUUAGAAUCAAAUCAACGGAGCAAUGCAAACCAAUUAGAGGAAGCAACUCGAAAUGGAGGUACCACAAAAAAAAUGGAUCUCCAACAGAAAUCCUUCGUCUCAACAUCUAUUAAGGAGAAAGAGAAACAGGAACAGAUGCAAGAAAUGGAACACGCCUACAAUGAUAUGCACAAUGCAAAUGCAAUCCCCCAGUUCUAUCACGACAUUAGUGGCAACUACGAGAUGGGAGAAAACGAGUUGCUUCUUCCACGUGAGAAGAUAGAGAAUAAAACGAGUGGAAAUCACAAGAAUGUGAUGUUAAAAGGACAGGAGGAGGAGGAGGAGGAGGACAGGUCUCUUCCAGGGAGUAAGGCAAAUCUUGCUUAUGCCUCGAAUAUUAACAUGAGCAAUAAUGCAAGAAGCGCACGGAAUGGCUGCAGUAGAUGCAGUAGAUGCAGAAGCAACAACCUCCACAACAAGUGCGACCACACUGUAGGUAGACAUGACGAAGAGGGGAAUAACUUAGAUGACGUGGGAGAAGAGACACCUUUCUUAGAAUCCAUGAGCCAAAUAAACCUGACACAUAGCAAAAAUUCUCAGUACACGAACGAUGAAAAUAAUGAACCCAAAGAAAAUGUGAUUGUGUAUGGAUACGUACGAGAGGAAGAAAAAGAUAUAAUAUUUGUAAACAUACAAAAUGAUAAAGAAGUAUGCAAAGAAGAUGUGCUGUUCAGAAACAUGUAUAAAGAAAUAAUUCUAACAGGUGAGGCGUACAUAUACAUAAGACAUAACAUUUUUCAAAUUCAGAAUGAAGAAGAAGAUUUCAAUACAUACAAUUUUGAAAAAUCAGAAGAAUAUAAAGAUUUUUUAUUACGUGUACGAAUUUUUUCGAGACUAACCCCAAAUAAUAAAAUGCAGGUGAUUAAGGAUUUUAUAAAAUAUGAUUACAUUUCAGGUAUGUGUGGAGAUGGUAGCAACGAUUGUGGUGCUUUGAAAAUUUCCCAUGCAGGUUUAGCUCUUUCCAAUGCUGACACAUCUGUUGUAUCGCCUUUUAGUACUAGAAAUGAAAACUUAAAAAGUGUUAUUGAUAUAUUAAGAGAAGGAAGAGCUUGUUUAGUGACAUCUAUAAAUUGCUAUAAGUAUAUGCUCCUCUACGGAUUCAUGAUCUCAAUAGUUAAAAUUGUACUUUUUAUGAAUGCUCAUGCUGUUAUGUCAGAAUAUGGAUACUUAUUUUUUGACAAUGUGAUAUUGUUACUAUUAGCAAAAUCAAUGACAUUAUCCAAACCAGCUCGAAAAUUAAAAACACAAACACCAACCUCUAGUAUCGUCGGAGCCCAAACUAUCAUUUCUUUACUUUCAAAUUUGAUUAUUAAUUUUUUCUUUCUCUACAUAAUUAUUUUCCAAUUUUUUUAUGUUUAUGAAUUGCCAUCAUCUUACGAAAUGAAUACCGCAGCCCCAAAAUCCUCUUGGUGGCUUAUGAGUGAUAAUUACGAGAGUUUUCUGACCUGCAUCUGGUUUUGUUUCCAAAUUGUCAAUAGUGCUUUUAUUUUUACCUUUGGUGGAAAGUACAGGAAACCCAUAUUUUCCAAUUAUACCUUCAUGACGUACUAUACCCUGAUAAACAGCUUCCUGCUGUAUCUGACAGUUGCAGGUCCAAAUAAAUUGACAUGUUUAUUUCGAAUGAAUUGCAAUGAUGAAGUUUCCAAAGCGACAAAAUUCAGAAUUCUCGAUUUGUUCUCGUACUCAGCUAGCGGCUUGAGCUUUUAUGGCCCCAAUGGAAAUAACAUUCUCAGCACGAGACACAAAAUAAAAUUCCUUUUUUUAAAUUUUCUAAACAUAGCUGUUAAUAUUUGUAUAUCCAAAUAUGUUUUGUGUGAACCACUUUACAACAUGGUCAGGCGAUUUUUCAACUUCCAAAAUAGGAAGGUCCCCAUAUAG